AUGACUAACGUUUUUUUUGAUGUCUCCGCCGAUGGCCAACCAUUGGGCAAAAUCACCUUCAAGUUGUACGACGAUGUCGUUCCAAAAACCGCUGAAAACUUUAGAGCUUUAGCCACUGGUGAAAAAGGAUUCGGUUACAAGGGUUCAAUCUUCCACAGAGUCAUUCCACAAUUCAUGUUGCAAGGUGGUGAUUUCACCAAUUUCAACGGUACUGGUGGUAAAUCAAUUUACGGUACCAAGUUUGCUGAUGAAAACUUCACCAAGAAGCACGACAGACCUGGUUUGUUGUCAAUGGCCAAUGCUGGUCCAAACACCAACGGAUCUCAAUUCUUUGUCACCACCGUUCCAUGUCCAUGGUUGGAUGGUAAGCACGUUGUGUUUGGUGAAGUCACCGAUGGUUUCGAUGUUGUUAAAAAGAUUGAAUCAUACGGUUCUGGAAACGGUGCCACUUCUAAAAAGAUCACCAUUGAAAACUCUGGUCAAUUGUAG